AUGACAUCUUCGAGACAGAUACACCAACACCAGGUCACAGCAUACCCUCACGAGCACCCUUCAGGAGUUGGACGCGCCGACGCGAAAAAGCUCAACGUCGAGGCCGGCCAGGCGCGAGCUGGGAAGAGCACCACGGAGUUCGACGAGCACAGGACUGUUGACCAGACAUCAACACCGUCGACGUCGCCUGUCCGUGAACCACCGCCAGAAGAGCUUAUGAUAGAAGGCCUCGAUGCCGACGACCAAUACAUUAUGGUGGAGGAUGAGUUCCUGGCUACCGCGCAAGCCUUCACGGCCCACCUACACCAGGCCGAGUAUACACGCAAGAAGAAGCAGGCCAAGGCAGAACAUGCGACGAAAGUGAUCAAUAUAACUCAGCAACGGCCUACGGAUACACGAACACCCAUGAGUAACGAGACAAGGAAGAACAUUGAGCGUGAAGCUUCGGCUGCGCGGCAUCAGGCAGCGCUAGAUAAGAUGAAGAGGGAAGCUGGGAGGCCGCUGGUUGACUCGGAGCUGGAGGAUAACGUCGAUGAAGGAGCGAGCGAGGAGGAUCGCGACGAUGAUCCGUGGGUAGGGACCUCGCUGCAGCCUUUGAUGGUGGCCUCGAGACAACCACGUCCGCUGGUGGGAUUGCAGGGCAUCUGGUCCUCUACCAAGGCCGCGCUGGGCUAUUCACAGCCAACUGAGACGAGUGGCGCGCCGGGUAAAGGGAAUGAGGCCACUCUCAAGGCUAGACCCAGGCCGGCUAUUAUCGAUGACGCUACAGCUUCCAGCGACGACGAUGACCUCGACGUGCAGGCACGGAUAACUUACACUCCAAGUCGACCGUUGCGUACCAAGACACCUGCUGCCAUCCCGCGCCCUCGCAAGGCUGCUUCACCUUCGACUUCGACUUCGCCUACAAGGCCCGGACCAAGACCUUCGCCUAUCAAGCGACCACAUGUAAACACCAGCCGUUGCCAGACCACGAGUGGAUCACCCUCUAGUGCGUGCAGAAAGCGAUCACUCCUGCCCACGCCGCGCGGGAGCUCGAGCUCGAGCUCGCGAUUUGCAAAAUUCUUCGAUGAGCUAGACGAGCCGGCCAAGGAGCCAGGUCCUGGUCCUAGCCCUGCGAGACGCCAAGUUACUUCCGAAGGCAUCGAUCCUCCGCUUAGCCGGGUCAAACCUUUUACAUCCCGGUCAGAGAAGACAGGGGAUCGCGAUCAGGACGAUGAAAAGCUUCGAAUCCAGCGCCUUGAUCAGGUCCCGACCUUCCUAUAG